GUGUUGAAGUGUUACCUUGUUUUCGAGUUAACUGUCGUGCAUUUAUCACCUGAAACUAUCAUGCAGUAGAGUCUAUAUAUUCAUUUUGUGGUUUUGAGGAAUAAAUAACAAUGACGGAAAACAAAACGGAGCAAAAAUCUGCGAGAAAAGUUUUGAUUGCUAUGGAUGGAAGUAAACAUGCACUUUUUGCGUUUGAAUGGUAUGCUAAAAACGUCUACAAGGAGACAGACAAUGUUAUAAUGGCCUACUGUGCUGAAUAUAAUAUCAAUGUUCCAACAACAGUGCUGUUAGCUAGUCCAGUUGCUGUAGCAAACAUAGUAGAACAACACGAGGAAGCCGUGCUGAAAGUAUUUAAAAAAUUAGAUGAAAUCGCUAACAGAUACAAAAUUAAGCAUACGUUGGAACGUAUAGAACGGCCACAUAGACCAGGGGAGGCAAUCGUGAAAGCAGCGCAUCAACAAAACAUCGACUUGAUAAUUACAGGAACCCGAGGACUUGGUACAAUACGCCGCACUAUCCUAGGUAGCGUUAGUGAUUACAUUAUACAUCACGCGCGCGUGCCAGUUAUCGUUUGCAAACAUGGUGAUCAUAUUUAAAUGAAAUAUUUUUAAAAGUGGCAAGUGACUCUGAUCAGAAAAAAUAAUUUAUGAUUUUUUUUUAAUACAGUUGUGGUGUUAAUAAAAAAUAUAGUUUUCGGUACAUCUGUUACUCCUGUUCCGAGAUGUAACAUUUGAAGGACUGGAAUUAUUACAGAUGAACCUUAUUUAUCCUAAAAAUGUCUUUAUCAAAGUGAAGGAAUCCAUUAAUUAAUAUUAGGCGACAACCUGCAUACAUUUGUACUUCAUGCUGUCACAAACUGAUAUGUCAUUUAUCACCAAGGAGCGGAGACCAAACCAGGACAUGCUGUAUGAUAGUUACAACAUAAAAAAUUGCUAUUUAUCAUUUUAUUCAAAAUCCAGAAAAAAAAACUGACUAUCUUGUGAGAGAAAAGCCGAUGUAAGUGAAGCAUGGCAUAAAAAGUGAACAGUUGGAUUAUUUUGAAACCUAACUUCUUAAAGGAAUGUUGAAGUGCUAUGUUUUGAUUUUGUUUUAUUCCUAUUUCUUCAUAUACAUCAUUCACACAUUGAACAAUAUGUUACAGUAAACAAAUCACCUGUUUUGUGCACUACAAUGUACAAACAUGUAUAUGAUUACAUUGUACAUGUUCAUUUUAGACAGAGUGCUUUCCAUCGUAUGAUGAAAAGUUAUAUCGUUCAUGUAUAAAUUCAGUACACACAAGUAUCACCAUUUUAAUUUUUAGCAGUAGUGUCCAAUGUUGCUUAUAGAGAGGGGGAAGGUUAGUGUGUCGCUGAUUAUGUUACUAAGAUUGACGACACAAAAAACGUAUUUUGUAUAAAAAUAAUUCUAUAAUUAUAAUGUCCUUAUUUGGUUUAAUAAAUUUCCCGGACUUGAAUGUCAUAGCCUCUGAAAAGAAUAAAAACAGUAUUAUGACAUUGCAUGAGGGUUGUAUGAUCUUGUCCCAGUGUUGUUAUUUUGUCAGAUACAUGUACAUUUAAUAUAUAUUAUCUGAUAAAUGUACAUGAUAUAUAUUGUCUGAGAGUUGUUACUUAUUGUCCCACAGUUGUUCUACAUAAAUGUAUAGUCCAAGAAUUAAAAUAAACUGUCCUAAAGAUGUAA